AUGGAGGCUCUCUUCUUGAGUUCUUCUUCUUCCUUCAUUGCUGCAUCAAACAAGCUUUCUAGAUCGCACAACCCUUGUGACUGGUCUACAUUGGUUAGGCAGAAGAGAAGGGUAGGCUUCACAUGGUGUCGUGUAGGUGGUGGUGGUGGUAGUGAUGGUGGGAGAAACAGUAACGCAGAGAGGCCUAUUCGGGUUUCCUCCCUUUUGAAAGACAGAGGUCAAGUACUGAUUAGGGAACCGAGUUCGCCAGCUGUGGACGCUGAGACGUUGGUUCUGUCUCCAAACGGGAACGGGAGAACCAUUGAGAUCAAUGGAGUAAAGACUCUGAUGCCUUUUAGUGACGCUGCUAUGGUGGGAAUGAAAGAAGGACUUGGCAUAAUCAGUUUCCUCCAAGGGAAGAAGUUUCUAAUCACUGGUUCCACCGGUUUCCUAGCUAAAGUGCUGAUUGAGAAAGUCUUGAGAAUAGCUCCUGAUGUCAGCAAGAUAUAUCUCUUGAUUAAAGCUAAAAACAAAGAAGCUGCGAUCGAGCGGCUAAAGAACGAGGUGUUAGAUGCAGAGCUUUUUAAUACUCUACGAGAGACUCACGGAUCAUCAUACAUGUCUUUCAUGUUAACCAAACUCAUCCCUGUGACGGGAAACAUUUGCGAUUCAGACAUUGGGCUGCAGGCAGAUUCAGCUGAGGAGAUUGCGAAAGAAGUUGAUGUGAUUAUCAACUCUGCUGCCAAUACAACCUUCAAUGAAAGAUACGAUGUUGCUCUGGACAUAAACACAAGAGGUCCCGGUAAUCUCAUGGGAUUCGCCAAGAAGUGCAAGAAACUCAAGCUGUUUUUGCAAGUAUCCACAGCUUAUGUGAAUGGACAAAGACAAGGAAGGAUCAUGGAGAAGCCAUUCUCAAUGGGAGACUGUAUAGCAACCGAGAACUUCAUCGAAGGAAAUAGAAAAGCAUUAGAUGUUGAUAGAGAGAUGGAGUUAGCUCUUGAAGCUGCUACAAAAGGUGCUCAGAAUCAAGAUGAGGCGCAAAAGAUGAAGGAUCUCGGUCUGGAGAGGGCAAGAUCAUAUGGAUGGCAAGACACUUAUGUCUUCACCAAAGCAAUGGGAGAGAUGAUGAUCAAUAGCACUCGAGGAGACGUACCUGUGGUUAUUAUAAGGCCUAGCGUCAUUGAGAGCACAUACAAAGACCCUUUCCCUGGAUGGAUGGAAGGAAACAGGAUGAUGGAUCCUAUAGUUCUAUGUUACGGGAAGGGACAACUCACGGGGUUUUUGGUUGAUCCAAAAGGAGUUCUUGAUGUGGUUCCUGCUGAUAUGGUUGUUAAUGCAACAUUAGCUGCCAUAGCAAAGCAUGGAAUGUCAACUACGGAUCCGGAACCUGAAAUAAACGUGUAUCAGAUCGCUUCCUCGGCCAUAAAUCCCCUGGUUUUCGAAGAAUUAGCGGAGCUUCUUUAUAACCACUACAAGUCAUCCCCAUGCAUGGACUCGAAAGGUGAUCCUAUUAUGGUGCGUUUGAUGAAACUUUUCAAUUCCGUUGAUGAUUUCUCGGAUCAUUUGUGGAGAGAUGCUCAAGAACGGAGUGGGUUGAUGAGUGGUAUGAGCUCAGCGGAUAGUAAGAUGAUGCAGAAGCUUAAGUUUAUAUGCAAGAAAUCUGUUGAACAAGCCAAACACCUUGCCACUAUUUAUGAGCCAUACACUUUCUAUGGUGGAAGAUUUGAUAACAGCAAUACACAGAGAUUAAUGGAGAAGAUGUCAGAGGACGAGAAGAGAGAGUUUGGGUUUGAUGUUGGAAGCAUUAAUUGGAAAGACUACAUUACAAACGUUCACAUUCCCGGUUUAAGAAGGCAUGUCUUGAAAGGAAGAGCUUAA